AUGUCUAAUUCCGAACCACAAAUGACAGGAAAGCAUUUUAAAUAUGUGUGUGAACAGAGAAUGCGUGACGUUGAUGACUACUUUAAGACCCAGCAGGCUUUAAAGUGGUCUUUUGAGCUUUACAUUAAUAAUUUUCUUGUGAAUCCCAAUCUUGACAUUAGCUUUGACCAGCUGCUUAAAACUUUUGUGGAUAGCUUAGAUCAAAUAAACCAGCUACAUGCCAUUCCUGUAUCUCUACGGUCGAAUUGUAAUAUCUACAUCAAUUGGCUCCAGUCAUCACCAGGUAAAACUCUUGUAAAUGCAUGCAGAGAAGUCUUUAAUGCUAAGAUAGAACUUAUAAAAAAUGCUAAAUUGAAUUCUAAAUCUGUCCAUAUCACCGCUCAAACAAAAGGUUUAAAAACUUUUUUGCGACCUGGUCAGUCAGAAACGGAACUAUCAUCAUCGAGUUUUCCGUCAGAAACGGCAUCAUCACCAGAAGCGGAAUUGUCACCAUCGGUUCUUCCAUCAGUAUCAUCACUAUCACCAUCAGGUUUUUUUCCAGAAGCAGAAUUGCCACCAUCGGUUCUUCCAUCAGAAACGGAAUCGAUCUUGUUUCCUCUCUUGCCAACGAAUAAUAUUCCGUUACCACUUUCAAAUAUUUCAGAUUCUUCAAAUUCUUUACCUAAAACUCCGCCACAAACUCCUCGGGAAUUAGCCCAUUUAUUAAAUACACCUAACAAGCGGCCAAUAGAGAAGGAAGAACUCUGGCAUUACACCCAAACAAAUUUCGUUAUAUAUGCAUUCACGUUAACAAAAGAAGAAUUAAAUGUGGAAAUUGGAACAAAACUUUCAGAAGAGUUGUCCUUCAUGCGUGAAAGGAAUCCUGUUAUAUGGAAUUCUGCUUUAGAGGAGUAUUUAGAUACCACCCUUAAUGAAUCUGGGAACAAAUUUAAAGACUUGUUACAACUUCGUAGACGUUGGCCCUACUAUGAGACGUUUCUAACAUUGGAUAUCGAUUGGAUCGAAUUCCACUCACGUUUAGCAAAAAUAUUAAAGUCGGAGUCAAACUCAGGCAUCGUUUUGGUAGAUGCAAAAGCGACUAGGCACUUUGAUGGGCAGGACAUUUGGCACCUAGAAGUUGCAGGUUCUCCCUGUAACGCUACUGACAAACACAUUUUGGGCAACUCGAAAAAAACUUUUCAAACUGAUAUUUUAAAUCUAAUUUCGAUACUACGGGAACAUCUUGACUGCGAAAUUGAGCUUGCAACAAAGAUCAAGGUGUUUAGCACACAAUCAAUCAAUACUCGGCUGACAUUACAUUCAUUAAACCUGCUUCCAAAUGGUCGCUUUCUAUCAUGUGAACUUGCUUCUGCCGAUGAAAUAGUAAGGCAAGAAAUACUAUUAGAGGAGAUCAACAAACAAGUAAUUCGUUCUAAGAAAGUGACAGUCCGACAGGCGGAUUUGCAGAAUUAUCAAUGA